UUUUUAUUCUUAAUUUUUCUCGAGCGUACUGCGAAUCACCACCAUAUCUCUCCUCCACACUGCUCUCUAGGGUUUCCGUCCCGUUCACCAAUUCCCGCGCUCCUUCAGUGUAAUCCGAGCUACCGUUGCUCCACAACCUCUGGCAAGUCAUCCACUGGAUCAUCAUUCAAUGGACCCUCAACAUGUAGUCAGAGGUUCAGAGGUUUUUGUUGGUGGUUUGGCCCGCAAUAUAACUGAAAGCAAGAUUCGCGAGGUAUUCUCUUCUUGUGGGGAAAUUGUCGAAGUACGUCUUAUUAAGGACCAAAAAGGCGAGCUGAAGGGGUAUUGCUUUGUUCGUUUUGCGACGAAAGAGGCUGCUGACAAAGCUGUAAAAGAAAAAUCUGGAAUCAUGUUGGAAGGGAAAAAGAUUGGCGUUCUUCCAUCAAAUGAACAGAAUUCCUUAUAUCUGGGAAACCUUCGCAAAGAUUGGAGUGCUGAUGAAUUUGAUAAACUUGUACAUCAGGCUUUUCCAGAUGUUGUGUCUAUUGAUCUUGCGAUGCCCUUCAGUAGUGGAGAUUCCGCCCCUGGUCAAAAGCAACAAAACCGGGGUUUCGCUAUUGUGAAAUUCUCAUCUCAUGCUGCUGCUGCACGAGCACAUCGUUUAGGGUCCAACUCAGAUUUUAUUCUUGCUGCUAAUUGUCACCCGGCUGUAGAAUGGGCUAAGGACGAACCUGACAUUAAUCCGGAAGAACUUGCCAAGAUAAAAAUUGCGUUUGUUCGGAACCUUCCUGCAAAUGCCGAUGAAGACUACUUGAAGAAAUUGUUUGAGCCCCUUGGAAAGUUGGACAGAGUCGUACUAUCCAAGAAGAGCCGCUCCCCAGUUGGGUUUGUUCACUUUGCUGAACGAUCAGACCUUGACAAUGCAAUCAACGAAAUGAAUGGGAAAACAGUACAGGGACCAAGUGGAGGCCCUUCCAUUAAGCUCCUGGUGGAAGUUGCAAGGCCCAUUGAGAAAAAUAGGAAACGAGCUCUUGAUGAUCCUCAAAGCAAACCAGCUAGUAAGAUGUCAAGUCAUUCCAAAAUUUCGAAGGAUGAACAGACAUUGACUACCUUUGGUGGCCUUAAAUCUGGAGCUCUAGAGCUGAAGUACUCACUAGAGGAGCCUGUGGUUGUUGAUCCAUAUGAAGCUGCUGUUAUCUCAUUACCUGUGGCUGUUAAAGAGCGCCUGCUUAGGAUCUUGCGUCUUGGUAUUGCUACUCGAUUUGAUAUAAACGUUGAAAGUCUAACCAGCCUCAGGGAACUACCCGAAUCCACUUCUAUUACUAUCCUUGAUCAGUUCAUGUUAUCAGGGGCAGAAAGGGUUAAUAAGGGGGAAUAUCUUUCUGCCUUAAUUUCCAGGUACCGGGUUGAUAAACUGGGACUCAACCAACAUGCUUUGAGUUUGGCAAGAGUUGGGGAUAUUGCCACAAAGGAAUCACCUCUGUCCAGCAUCUCUAGUAGGGUUCAUCACAGCCCCAUUGAUACUGUUGGGUCACGUGCAGGCACCACUAUUUCCGGGUACGACAUUUACACAUCUCGCUAUUCCUCGCCACUUUCAACUUACCCUCUACCGUCUAGUCGACUAAGCUAUGGGAAAAUGGAGGAAAGUGGGCAAGACCCUCUACCGUCUAGUCGACUAAGCUAUGCAAAAAUGGAGGAAAGCGGGCGGGACCCUCUACUUAGUCGAGCAAGCUAUGCAAAAAUGGAGGAAAGCGGGCGGGACCCUCUACUUGGUCGAGCGAGCUAUUCAAAAAUCGACGAAAGCUUUCCUGUCCCCUUGCACCGAACGCUAGGUUCUUCUACUUCUUACGGCAAGAUCGAAUUGGAGUCUUCUCUUUUCUCUCCUGCUGCUGCUAGUGAUCGCCAACCUAAACGAAACCAAGUUAGGUUUGAUCCUUUCACCGGUGAACCUUACAAAUUUGAUCCUUUCACUGGUGAGCCGAUUGUUCCUGACAGUUUACCUCGUCAGUUUGGAAGCCCAUAUUGAUUCCCCUCCACCCCUUUUCGAGUGGGUAAAAAGUCUCAGCUUCCAUGUAAUAACAGUUUUUUUUUUUUUUACCCCCGGUAAUGUUGUACUUGUUUGUUUCAGUUUUCCAGCAGUUGUCUGGGAACUAUUUUUAUUCCUCCGGCCCAAUUUAAAUGCUUCUUGCGGAAAUCUGUGCAAUUCCGAAUCCAAAAAAAAAAAUUUCUGCAUAUUAUUUUUUUAUUUUCUUACACUAAAUUAAAGUAUUCAUUGAAUACUUUAAUUUGAAUACUUUAAUUUAGUGUAAGAAAAUAAAAAAAUAAUAUGCAUAAAUAUAUAUUUUUUGGGUUCGAAAUUGCAUGGAUUUCCGUAAGGAGCAUGUAAAUUGGGACGGAGGGAGUAUUUUUAUCUUUAGCUGUAAAUCGAAACGCCUAGGUCUGAAUGCAGGAAAUGUAAGGAAUACGUCUCUCUCUUCUCUUUUCUCUCAAUCCAGCUUCCAUUUAUCAUUGCA